CUCUGUGUAGCUCUGGCUAUCCUGGAACUCACUUUGUAGACCAGGCUGGACUCAAACUCAGGCAUCAUCCUUCUUGUGCCUCUCGAGUGCUGGGAUUAAAGGCAUGCGCCACCUCCCCCCAGUUAGGUUUUUUCUUGUUUUAUGUAUAUCGGUGUUUUGCCUAAAUAACACGUUUGCAAUGUCUUGGGAGGCCAGAAGUCAUUAAUCCUCUGAAACUGAAGUUACAGACUUCAGUAACUGUGCUGGGUGGGAACCGAAUCGGGUCUCUGGAAGAGCAGCCAGGGCGUUCAAUCCCUGAACCAUCUCUCCAGUUUGUUGACUGGGUGUCAUGUGGCCUGUAAAUGGCAAUCCUCCUGCUUCAAACUCUCAAAUGCCGAGAUUACAGUCGUACUCAUCUUGCCCUAUACUAAAAGUGAAGUUACUAAAUCUAGAGAUUAGUAAAUCUGUGGAAAUUGUACGAAAAACUUCUCAUUAACAUCACUGGAUUUUCUAGGAACCAAUUCAAUAUAACCAGAUUCGCAGGGUAAACUGGUUUUAGAAAACUAACUGCACAUUCAGUAGUCUACCAACUAUCAAUUUAGUUUUUUUUUUUUAAUGUAAAAACAAAAAAAAAAUCUCCUUAUCCUCAAAAUAUACACUUCUGUAUGUUGACUCAUAUAAUCAAUUUAUUAUUUUUAAGUAAUGCAAAAGAUGGAAGAAGGUCCCACACUUAGGACUCAGGAUGCAGCCGAGUUUUUCUGAGUUCGAGGCCAGCCUAGUCUACGAAGAGAGUUCUAGGGGAGCCAAGGUUACAUAGAGAAAUCCUGUCUCUGACAGCACACGCGCGCGCGCACACACACAAACAAAAACACAUUGCUCAACGGUCGUGGCGAAUCUGCUGCUGCCAAUAAAGAGUUCCAGUGGAGGUCGGAGUAAGGAAUCUGCAGCCUCUGGCAAACGGGCGGUGGAAACUACUUUUGUCUCCCUGUGGAAAGAACCCAACUUUUGCUGAGAACAUGAGCGACUGGAUGCCCAUUGCCAAGGAAUAUGACCCGCUUAAAGCUGGCAGCAUCGAUGGUACAGAUGAAGACCCACAUGACCGGGCUGUGUGGAGGGCCAUGCUGGCCCGCUAUGUCCCCAACAAAGGAGUCACCGGAGACCCUCUCCUUACCCUGUUUGUAGCACGACUGAACUUGCAGACCAAAGAGGAGAAGUUAAAGGAAGUCUUCUCCCGAUAUGGAGACAUCCGACGGCUACGGCUGGUUCGGGACCUGGUGACAGGCUUCUCCAAGGGCUAUGCCUUCAUUGAGUACAAGGAGGAGAGGGCCCUGCUGAAGGCCUACAGAGAUGCUGAUGGACUGGUCAUUGACCAGCAUGAGAUAUUUGUGGACUAUGAGCUAGAGAGGACCCUCCGUGGCUGGAUCCCUCGGCGUCUGGGUGGUGGGUUGGGUGGGAAAAAGGAAUCUGGGCAACUGAGGUUUGGUGGCCGGGAUCGACCUUUCCGAAAACCCAUCAACUUGCCAGUUGUCAAGAAUGAGCCGCAUAGAGAAGGGAAAAGGGAAAGGAGGGAGCGAUCUCGAUCCAGGGACAGACACUGGGAUCCCAGGCCCAGGGAACGGGACCAUGAUAGGGGCCGAGAGAAGCACUGGCAAGACAGGGCCAGGGUGUGGCCUGAGAAUGAUUGGGAAAGAGAGAGGGAGUUCAGGGACGAGAGGGCCAAAACCAGGGACAAGAGGGACAGAAGUAAGUAGAGCCAGCAGCAGGCAGUGGAGGCCCACGCAGAGGGUAGGGGCUGAAGCCACCAGGCCUCUGUCAGGCUGGGGCCAUUCCUUUUGCAGUACUGGGGAUUGAGCUGGAGAGCACAGGCAUGCCAGGCAAGCACUCCAACCACAGCCACGUAGGAUGAGAGGGAGAAACAACUGUAUCUGUCACCCACUCAAGUGGAAAUAGAAAGUGUUCACAUGCCGUCAUCCCAGCACUCGGGAGUUGGAGGCAGGAGUAUGAAAGAGGAUAAUAAAGAAUCUAUGACUAGAA